AUGCCCUUGGGUCGCGGUGCCAAAUCCCCUCUCAGAAUACGAGUAGGACAUGGUUUGAAAGUACCAAGCUGCGGCUCUCGGAGAUGCUUGAGCCAGUUUCGCGUUAUCGAGCAUGAAGUGCGCGCCCAACAUACGCGCCACUGGCCGAGAGGCACGGAGAUCGGCUAUGAAAAUGCCCUGAAGCUCUCUGUCAAGCAAUAUAUUCCCCAUGACCGCAAGAACCCUAUGCCUAGCGACGUCACCUUUAUCGGUGCACAUGCCAACGGAUUUCCCAAGGAGCUAUAUGAGCCUCUCUUUGAUGAUCUGUACAAGAAAUUGAGGUCGUUGGGAAGAGGUAUCCGUGCAAUAUGGAUUGCCGACCUCGUUCAUCAAGGGAAGAGCGCCGUCAUCAAUGAAAGGGCCUUGGGUAAUGAUCCGAACUGGUGGGAUGGCGCUAGAGACCUUCUCUUUCUGAUCAACCAGAAGCAAGAUGAGAUGCCUCAGCCACUUAUAGGGAUUGGGCACAGCAUGGGAGCAUCACAAUUGGCGCAGCUUUCACUUCUUCAUCCCAGACUGUUGCAAGCUCUGAUUCUCAUUGAUCCUGUCAUACAAACCGAGAAUCCCAGCAAGACGUUCGCCAAGCCAUCAACUUACCGGCGAGACAUCUGGCCAUCCCGUCAAGAAGCCCGGUCAAAGUUCGCGAGCAGCAAGUUCUAUCAGGCCUGGGAUCCAAGGGUCUUUGAAAAGUGGGUACAAUAUGGUCUCCGAGACCUCCCCACUGAACUCUAUCCAGAGAGGGACGAGAGCAAAGAGCCACAGGUGACCCUAACCACGCCAAAAUCUCAAGAGGUAUUUUCUUAUCUGAGGCCAAAAUAUAACGGCACACCCGGGAUUGAACCCGAGAAGGAUCGGGCCGUAUAUGGGGAUAUGUAUCCGGAUGACGUGGAGCCAGGGUAUCCUUUUUAUCGACCUGAACCGGCCGAGAUAUUCCGCCGGCUUCCUGAGCUCAAGCCGCCCGUUUUAUAUAUAUUCGGGGAGCACUCUGAGCUCGCAACGCCGGAGCUAAGGAGGAAGAAGAUGGCGAAUACUGGCGUUGGGGUGGGCGGGAGCGGAGGGCAAGCUGAAGGCCGAGUAAAAGAGAUUGUUCUGGCAGACUGUGGCCACUUAGUCCCUAUGGUAAAAGUCGAGGAGUGUGCUGAUGCUGCGGCUUCAUUUGCAGUUGCGGAGGCGUCUCGCUGGGAGGUCACGAAGGAAUGGCAGAGGCGUUGGCUGCAAAAGCCUAGGAGUGAGAGGAUCGGUAUUGACGAUGAGUGGAAAAGGAUGAUUGGUCCGAGAGAAGCGUGA